AUGCUGGAGAGUUCAACGUCCAAGGGAACUGCCAAUUCACCAUCCUUCCAUAUUGAACAAGUGGUUACAAAUCAAGUAGUGCUGAUGCAAGCGCGAACCCUGUUAACUCUCACACUGGUCGCUUUGGGUGCUGCACUUCAGCUGGUUUGUUUCUGCAUCAGAACAAAAGCGUUAAGACUGCAUAAAGAUGCGAAAACGCAUCAUCUAAUAGCAAAUAGCAGUGAUGAGUUACAGAUGAUAUUUGCUAUCAUAUGCGUUUUUUAUGAUGGUUGUCCCUAUUAUCUCGCAGUUAUCUCCAGUAUUUUAUUUAUGUUUAACGCCGCUACCGUACUGUGCUUCAUAAGGUAUAAGCCGACAAGAACUUUCCUG